AUGUCGAAUAGCAGCACUUUAGAUGGCUACUAUCUGUUUGCAUCAAGCACAGCUGGACUGAUUGCAAGAUGUAUUACAUAUCCAAUGGAUACCAUCAAAACCAGGCUUCAGUCAUCUACCACUGCAUCCAAGUAUGUGUGGAAUAACAUCAAAUUGACUUCACUGUAUCGAGGGUUGCCUGUGACAUUAGUAUUUUCUGUACCUGCUUUAUCUGUUUAUCUCUCCUGUUAUGAAGCGUCGAAACAACUUUUAGAUUCAAGAUACCACAUUCAACGUCGUUCCGUUUGGAGCCAUCUCAUAUCAGGUUGUGCUGCUGAAAUCUCUGCUGGACUCCUCUUCACACCUAUGGAGGUCAUGAAGAACAGACUGCAGACUCAAAAGACAAACAACAGCAACCGAUGCUUGAUAACAAGCAUCCUCAAAAACGAAGGCAUGCGAGGAUUUUACAAAGGCUAUUGGAUGGGCCUGGUUGUUUUUGUACCUCAUUCCAUGGCCUAUUUCGUUACGUACGAAAAGAUGAAGCAAUGGCGCAUGAACAACAACAAUGACGCUUCCAUGUACAUGUUGUGUAGCUCCGUGGCGGGCGUUACUAGUAUCCUGAUAUCCACUCCACUUGACAUUAUCAAAACAAGAUGGCAAAUUUCGGCAGCAGAGCAAGGACAGCAGUUUAGACAAGGCCCAAUCUCCAUUGCCAGAGACAUGCUCUUCAAAGAAGGAAAAGGAGCACUGACAAGAGGCCUCUGGGCUCGCAUUGCUUGGGGCAUACCAACCACGGCCAUUAGUAUGACUCUAUUUGAAGUCUUGAAGGACAAUAAAGCCAAAAUCAUGCAUUCUUUCAAUGUUUGA